GGUGAAGUGCCUACAAAGGAACGGGGAGUCCAGGUGGAGGCGCGAGGGGCAGAGCUGGGUGUGCCGCCCACUGGAAACCCCAUCUCGUUAACCUGCUGGCUGACUAGUCAGUUGGGUGGCUGUGCUGGUGUUUGCUGUCCCUGCCUGUCAGGCCAAAGGCAGACACAGAGUGGAGUGGAGGUGCAAGGACUGGGCCAUGCUGAGGACACGGCUGGCACUGCUGGCACUGGUGCUGGCUUCCUGCAGCGAGCCUGUGGUGGCCCUGCAAUGCUUCACCUGUCAUGAGCCCAGCAAACUGUCUAGCUGCGUCACUAUCACCUCCUGCAAGACCAAUGAAACCAUGUGCAAAACCACGAUCUACUCCCUGGAGACAGUGUAUCCCUUCCUGGGGGACGUCACGGUGACCAAGUCCUGCGCCAGCAAGUGCGUGCCCUCAGAUGUGGACGGCAUUGGCCUGACGCGGCCCGUGCUCUGCUGUAACACGGAGCUGUGCAAUUUGGACGGGGCGCCGGCCCUGGGCAGCCCCCAUGGCCUGGCCCUCACCCUUACACUCACCUCCCUCCUGAGCCUCCAGCUCUAGAGCCCACCCCCACCCCCACCCCAUGCAGCCCCUCCUGCCUUUGAAGAAGCUGGCCCACCUGCACCAGGCCUCCUGUCUCCUUCCCGGGCUCGGACCUGUCCACUGGGGUGGAGGGCUUCUACCUGCGUCUCUGGUGCUGUCAUCUUAGGCCUGUGUCCCCCUCAGCCCCUCCACCUCCCCGUCUACUUCUGCCCAGUCUCCCAUGCCCUCUGCAGCUGUCUCUCAUGUGUGUCACUGUCCCCACCUGCCUCCCUUGUCUUCCUGUGGUAAGCGAGGACAGUCACUGGGUCUGGGAUGACACCCACACAGACCAGGCAGCACUCUGCACUCUGGGCCCUCAGGGGCUGCGGAGGCCUGACUGGGGCGGGGCAGGAAUGGGACCCCAUGUGCAGAGGGAGCACCACACCUACCAGGGUAGGGUCACGGGUGGCUUCUCAGGGGAGGGGGCAUUAGGGCAGGGCCUUGAAUGGCAGAGAGAUUGGUUAGGUAGAGGGGGACGUGCCAGGCCACGCAGGCCAGUCCAGGCAGGCCAAGAGUGGCCCAGGAUCUGGGGUGGCACCAGGAAGCACCCCACUGCCCAUCCACCUGGCCCCUGAGCAAGGCCUUACCCUGUAGUCAUGCUGUGGUGAUGUGGUCCCCUUGUGACACGUGGCAGAGGGUGCUGACAGGCUGGCGGGGCAUCUGUGAGUGUCCACUACUUGCCUACUCCAGGCUCACCCCAGAAAGUCCACCCGGGCCCUGCUCUGAGUGUCCAGGGAAACCCAAGCUCCUGUGCAGAGAGGACCUUCACUCUACCUUGGACUUGGGCCAGCACCACUCUCCAGACCAUUUCCCCAGUCACCUGUCCAACAGGCCCCUCGUCCCCAGAGGGCUGCCUGGGCCUGUGUCUGGGUUGACUCGGUGCAUAUGUGCGCGUAUUUACACACGGUCCUACAUGGGACUCUAAACACGCAGUAAGGGACCCAGCCCUCCUACCCAGUGCUGGCCCCUCCCAGGGCUGCCUGAGGGAGGCGGGAAGCGGGGAGGGCAGGAGACAGGCCCCAGCCUGACCAGGGGUUACUUGGCAGAGGCCCUUUGUCCACUCUGAGACCUGCCCCUUCCUGCUCUGGCAGCUUCUCUAGGCCCCUGGGUGAGUCGGUCUUCUGGGUCCUGGGAGGGGCACUCAGCAUUUCCAGCCAAGCGGAGACAGGGCUGGGUAGCCUUCCUUCUAGCAUGGCAGGGGUCCCCUAACCCACAGCCCUGAGUCCAGAGAGCCCCUUAGCUGUCAGUUAUCACCCCUUCAUGGAUUUCCUGCUCCUGGAUGGAGAGAGGGAGCAGCCGGGACCUGAAGCAGGUCUCUCCCGGGGCGAGGGACUCACGGCCAGGCACCACUGAGUGGCACCCCAUGCCACUGCGCAGAGACUGGUGGCCUAGGAGGCCCCUUAUCCCUGGGACCCCAGGAACUCCACACCUCUGCUUCCUAUGGGCAAGGUCUGCAGUCUGAAGGGCUCUGUGGUCCUGAGCCAGCUCCCAAGAGGGGCAGGACCCUCACAGCCCAGUGACCUCCACCGCUGGCCCUUGAGUACACCCAUGUGUCCAGCACAGAUCGACUGCAUAGCACGGCCACCAUCCGCCCGGAGAGGGCAGACCAAGGGCAGGUGCUGUCUUGGACUGUCCUGUGAGGCUGACUCUGAGCUUUGACUCGGGCAAGGGGGUGAACAGUCCUCAGUCACCCAUCACGCUCCUCACCUGCAAUGUGGAGUCACUUGGCCUUCGCGCCUCAACAGACACACCCGACAGGGAAGGCUGUGGGCCCCCUCCCGGCCGCUGCUCCCACCUGGAGUGCCCUUCCUGCCAACCCUCGCCUUCUCUGCUCCUGACACUUUCCAGGCAGCCUCCCCUUACAGUACCCAGUGUUUCCCAUCCUUGCACCCAGACCAGCCUGUCUCAGCACGCCCAGCCGGUCACCACCACUCCACGUCUACCUCCACUGACCCCCACUUGCUAGGUUUCAUAGCCGCCCUCGGGCACACAAUCCUCUGCCUGGUCUACAGAUGAAAGCAAGUGUGUGUGUGUGUGUGGGCGGGGUGCAGGGUCAGUGGCUCGUGAGCACACCCAGUCACAGGGCACAGGCCUCCAAAGGGCCGCCUCUGCUGCCAUACCCACGCUGGCACACGCGGCCCUACUGAUUUAUAGUAACCAGUCUCCCUUUGCAAACCACCACCUCCUCGUGUUUCCUUGCAACCCUCCCGCAGUCCCGUACAACUUGCCUCAGCCCACAAGGCCAGGUCACUUCUGCUCUCAGGCUGCCCUGGGAGGUGGACGCAGCCUGGACAGCACUGGCUGCAAACCACUGACCUGCCAUGCAACCCUGGCCAGGCCACGUCGCCCCUCCCGCCCCUCUUCUCCAACACUGAACGCCUGUUGCAAACCCAACUGUUUCCAACUGUCCAUUCUUUCCCAGGCCUGAGCUGGGACCUCCCGGGCUGGUGGUCAGAGCACGGGCAUGGCCCAUACCCCCAUCACUUCACCUGCUUUAUGUUCUGCCCUCUUCAAGGGGCCUGCAGAAUGGCCCUUACACUUGAAACGCCCCCCCCCCCGGAGCCCGGAGGCCCAGACCCAGAGAGUCUGGGGUGUGACCUCCCAAGCAUUCCUGAGGAUCAUGGGACUUGACCCUGGGAACGAACUGGAAACUUGGGCCAGGCAUCCACAGACAGGUCGGCAAGGUUCAAGGGCUGGGGAUGAGGAGAGGGCCAGGAGCUGGAAGGGGGCUGAAGCAACCCAUGUUCUGUGGAAUGGGGACAAGUCCUGUCCUGCCAGCCUGGUCCCUAAGUUCACCAAAGCCCAAGCCUGAACUGCCCCCAUGCCAGAACACACCCCAGUGAGUGUCUGCUGCUUCCCUGGGGGCCAGGGCUUCAAAAUGAGGUCCUCCCCAGGCACACUCACAUUUAAGACCCUUUAAUCUUGGGCUUUCUUGAAAUAAAAGAGCAACGCUACAGCUUUCCCAUGGUGGCUUAAGGCAGGCGACUGUGUGUGGACAGGUGAGGAGUCGGUGUUGCUGUGCUCCUGGCUAGCUGGUGGUGGGCUUCCUGGA